AUGGUGAAAAAGUUUGUAUGCCAGCAUAGCUCCUUUCGUAAAGUUUCUAGAGAAGAAAAUAAAAAAGGGAAUUCAAAAAAUGCUAACUGUUUAGCUUCUGUAACAUGUGUGGUAAAAUUAGAUACUCAUUCUACACGAAAAGUAGAUCCUUAUAUUAAAGAUGGGUUAUAUGGCGUUAUAACAAUUAAAAAUAAACAUAACCAUAGUAUUGACACUGCUGAAACUUUACGCUUUUUACCAGCAGAUAAAAUACUUAAAAAUACCUUUUUUGAGUAUUUUAACGAUAAUAUGAGUAUAACUGAUGCAAUUAAUUGUCAUGAGCGCAUUUUAGAAUUAAAAGAAAAUUUUUCACUAGAAAUGUUAGCUAAUGGAUCUAUUAAUCCAACUUAUAGAACUGUUCAAAAUUGGCACAAUGAAUGGAGGUUAGAAAAUUUAGGUCCGCGGUCUGGAACAGGUUUGAUUGAGAAAAUAAUACAAAAGAUUGAUGUUUAUAAAGAGAGAAAUGUAAUAGUUAAAUUUAAGGAAGACCCAUUUGCAUUAGUUAUUGUUACUCCACUUAUGCAACGAGCACAUUCAUUAAAGUCAUCUAGUAAUGUUGUAUUCGUAGACAGUACAUCUGCCUGUGAUGCAGACAAUUAUUCUAUUACAUUUAUGCUUACUCCGUGUGCAGCAGGUGCAGUUCCAUUAGCAAUAAUUAUUACAAAAGGUCAGACAUAUUCAGCAUAUAACACUGGAUUUCAGUUACUAAAAGAAUGUGGCAUAAAUUGCUUUGGUGGUGUUGGUUGGCCAAAAGUCUUUAUAACUGAUAAUGCUGCCGCUGAAAUAAACGCAAUUGAAAACAACUGGCCAAAUAGUAUCCAUUUACUUUGCAUUUUUCAUGUUUGUCAGGCUGUUUGGCGUUGGGUCUGGGACUCAAAGAAUAGCAUACCAAAAGAUAAGCGACCAAUGCUUAUGAAUAGUUUUCAAUCUAUUUUAUAUGCUAAUACAAUUGAUUCUUCAGAGAAAUUUUUUAAUGAAAGUAUUAAAAACUCUGAAUUUCCAAAAUGGACAAGAUAUCUAAAUGAACACUGGCACACAAGACACAAAUGGUGUUUAGCGUGGCGUGAUGAAUCAACUAAAGGUCAUCACACCAAUAACUAUUCUGAAAUUACUGUUCGAAUUUUUAAAGACACUGUUCUUUCAAGAGUAAAAGCCUACAAUGUCGUAGCUUUAUUAGAUUUUACGUGCACAGUAUUAGAAGAUCAUUAUUGUAGGCGCUUAAUGGCUUUUGCUAAUUGUAGACACACUAAAAAUAGAAAUGCUAGAAUCUUUUUAGAUUCAUUAAUAAAAAAAGCAAGUACAAUACAAAAAGCUCAUAUAGAAUCUAAAUCAGAAUAUGAGUAUUGUGUACAGAGUGAAAAUGAUUCAUCAUGUAUUUAUAAUGUAAAUAUUAUGGGAGGUUGUUGUUCAUGCCUUUCUGGUAAAUUUGGUAAAUUUUGUAAACAUCAGUGUGCUGUUUACAUUCAUUUUGAUGUGAUUUCAAAAAGUUUCCCUCCAGUUACCCCAAAAGAUAGAUAUGAGAUUGCUGUUUUAGCCCAAGGGAAUGUAUCUAUCUCCCCAGAUUUCUUCCAGUCAUUUUUAUCGGUUAAUAAUUUUCCUCAAAUUGAUGCACCAAAUGAAUAUAAUACUGAUUUGCUAAAUUAUUCUAAUACUAAUGAGCCAGAUUAUUCACAGGAAAAAGAUAAUAAUGUACCAAAUAAUUCUGAAAUUAAAGAAAAUAAAGAGACAAAGACCAAAACAAUAGAUUGCAUUAUAGAUUUAAUCAAAUCUAAAGACUCAACGUUUGGCUCAUCCACUGCAGGGUUGAAUAUUUUAGAGUCUCGUUUGAAGAAAGUAACAACAGAAGGACAGUGGCAAUCAUUUUUACAUACUGCUGGAAAUUCAACUGUGGCUUUGCGAAAAAGACCUGGUGCAAAAAUUAGAGUCCAGCCAACAUCUAUUGCAAGGAGAUUACCAAGAGUUACAAAAGGAAGUAGACGUUUACCAUCAGGCCGUCCAGCAAAUGGCGAAAUCACCACCAAAAAAAGAAAAAGAAAUCUUGGUGGUAAUGUCCAAUUGAAUGUGCCAAAUGCAAAAUCACAUGGUCACAACCAUUAA